AUGCACAGCAAUGGGCGAGCCCAAGACGAGCCCGAGGACGACGUGUUUGCUGAAGGCUCGAGAUUCGUGUCGCUGAACAAUGUGUCGAUCACGGGUGGUACUAAGCGCAAGACACGUGCGAGGAAACCUAAAGAAGUGCGGAAGGGGAAGCGUUCUACUUUCGUCCGCACGGGCAAGAAAGGCUGCGCUGAUGCAGUUGGUGAUGGCGGUUGUGGAGCAGACACAUACACUCAAGGAAAUGGUCAACAUGCACAUAACGCCUCCUUUCCAGCUGCAGCCGCCACUAUCUCUCCCUCCUCCGCCUAUGUCAAUGCAGCGGCGGUGACUCAUCAGCUCGCCGCCUCUCACUCAAUCCCUGGCCUGCCCUCCGCCUCUGCCUCCCUUUCAGCUGCAGCCGCCACUAUCACUCCCUCCUCCGCCUAUCUCGCCACCACUCAGUCAGUCCCUGGCCUGCCCUCCGCCUCUGCCUCCCUUUCAGCUGCAGCCGCCACUAUCUCUCCCUCCUCUGCCUAUGUCAUCGCAGCGGCGACUCAUCAGCUCGCCGCCUCUAACUCAAUCCCUCGCCUGACCUCCACCUCUGCCUCCCCUUCAGCUGCAGCCGCCAGUAUCACCCCCUCCUCCGCCUAUGUCAAUACAGCGGCGACUCAUCAGCUCGCCGCCUCUCACUCAAUCCCUGGCCUGCCCUCCGCCUCUGCCUCCCUUUCAGCUGCAGCCGCCACUAUCUCUCCCUCCUCCGCCUAUGUCAUCGUGGCGACUCAUCAGCUCGCCGCCUCUCACACAAUCCCUGGCCUGCCCACCGCCUCUGCCUCCCCUUCAGCUGCAAGCGCCACUAACUCUCCCUCCUCCGCCUAUGUCAACGCAGCGGCGGCGACUCAUCAGCUUGCUACCCGGAUCUCUCCCUCCGCUGCCUAUGUGCACGUCUCGGUUCCUGGCCAGUCCAGGCCCGCCGUUGCACCUGGAUCGACCUCCCUGCCACCUGCUCCCAGUGCACUCUCACCCUCGCCCUCCUAUAUCAAUCCUGGGUUGCACCCAACCAACUCAGACCCUGGACCAUCACAUGUGGAGGCCGGGUCGGAUGAAGACUCCGACGAUGAUGACUCCUUGGAGAAUCAUUAUGAGCAUGAUGGUGAACAGCGGCCUGCUGCAACCAGGGUUUCGCGAGCCGCUUUUGAGGCCGCGCAAGCGCAAAUCCGACAACAGGCGCGACGCAUAGCUGAGUUGGAGAAUCAGCAACCUCAGCAAAAAGGCCCUCAUGCUGGCAGUCACGCCAUGGUUCAGCGCCAGGCCAAUAUGCCCAGCCCUUCCCAAAAGUUGCCGGUUGCACCCCAGCUUGCUCCUUCAACCACUCGACCUUGCACCCAGCCGAAUGCAACACCGACCCUGAUUUUCUCACCGGUGGUGUGGCCACGAACGCAGGCCGCUUUUAGCCGUGCUGUGGCAAAGGCCCACAUCAGACGACAGGCCAUCGACUGCUCUGCAAUGUCGCUACGGCAACACGGGUGGUACAAUAACGUCAUCACGGCGUUAGAUGCUUUCUCGGAUGUGAACGGGGACCUUAAGUGUUGCACCAACAUCACCCUCCUUCUUCCCCCAUCCCUACACGUCUUCUUCUUCCCCCCACCCACUCCCCGUCCACCUUUCUCCUGUGUUCCGUCUUUCCUGCUAGUACCCUCCCUGACAUCGCUUCCCCACAGCAGCAAUCACUGUCUGUAUGAUCCCAGCCCAGCAGUCCCCAGUGUACCCUCUUUCCCUCCCUGUUUUCCCCUCCCCACCCCAGCAGCAAGCAAGGCCAGCCAAGGCAGAGCCCAACAGUCCCCAGUGUACCCUCUUUCCCUCCCUGUUUUCCCCUCCCCACCCCAGCAGCAAGCAAGGCCAGCCAAGGCAGAGCCCAACAGUCCCCAGUGUACCCUCUUUCCCUCCCUGUUUUCCCCUCCCCACCCCAGCAGCAAGCAAGGCCAGCCAAGGCAGAGCCCAACAGUCCCCAGUGUACCUUCUUUCCCUCCCUGUUUUCCCCUCCCCACCCCAGCAGCAAGCAAGGCCAGCCAAGGCAGAGCCCAACAGUCCCCAGUGUACCCUCUUUCCCUCCCUGUUUUCCCCUCCCCACCCCAGCAGCAAGCAAGGCCAGCCAAGGCAGAACCCAACAGUCCCCAGUGUACCCUCUUUCCCUCCCUGUUUUCCCCUCCCCACCCCAGCAGGAAGCAAGGCCAGCCAAGGCAGAGCCCAACAGUCCCCAGUGUACCCUCUUUCCCUCCCUGUUAUCCCCUCCCCACCCCAGCAGCACGCAAGGCCAGCCAAGGCAGAGCCCAACAGUCCCCAGUGUACCCUCUUUCCCUCCCUGUUUUCCCCUCCCCACCCCAGCAGCAAGUAAGGCCAGCCAAGGCAGAGCCCAACAGUCCCCAGUGUACCCUCUUUCCCUCCCUGUUUUCCCCUCCACACCCCAGCAGGAAGCAAGGCCAGCCAAGGCAGAGCCCAACAGUCCCCAGUGUACCCUCUUUCCCUCCCUGUUUUCCCCUCCCCACCCCAGCAGCAAGUAAGGCCAGCCAAGGCAGAGCCCAACAGUCCCCAGUGUACCCUCUUUCCCUCCCUGUUUUCCCCUCCACACCCCAGCAGCAAGCAAGGCCAGCCAAGGCAGAGCCCAACAGUCCCCAGUGUACCCUCUUUCCCUCCCUGUUUUCCCCUCCCCACCCCAGCAGCAAGCAAGGCCAGCCAAGGCAGAGCCCAACAGUCCCCAGUGUACCCUCUUUCCCUCCCUGUUUUCCCCUCCCCACCCCAGCAGCCAGCAAGGCCAGCCAAGGCAGAACCCAACAGUCCCCAGUGUACCCUCUCUCCCUCCCUGUUUUCUCCUCCCCACCCCAGCAGCAAGCAAGGCCAGCCAAGGCAGAGCCCAACAGUCCCCAGUGUACCCUCUUUCCCUCCCUGUUUUCCCCUCCCCACCCCAGCAGCAAGCAAGGCCAGCCAAGGCAGAGCCCAACAGUCCCCAGUGUACCCUCUUUCCCUCCCUGUUAUCCCCUCCCCACCCCAGCAGCAAGCAAAGCCAGCCAAGGCAGAGCCCAACAGUCCCCAGUGUACCCUCUUUCCCUCCCUGUUUUUCCCUCCCCACCCCAGCGGCAAGCAAGGCCAGCCAAGGCAGAGCCCAACAGUCCCCAGUGUACCCUCUUUCCCUCCCUGUUUUCCCCUCCCCACCCCAGCAGCAAGCAAGGCCAGCCAAGGCAGAGCCCAACAGUCCCCAGUGUACCCUCUUUCCCUCCCUGUUUUCCCCUCCCCACCCCAGCAGCAAGCAAGGCCAGCCAAGGCAGAGCCCAACAGUCCCCAGUGUACCCUCUUUCCCUCCCUCUUUUCCCCUCCCCACCCCAGCAGCAAGCAAGGCCAGCCAAGGCAGAGUCCAGCAGUCCCCAGUGUACCCUCUUUCCCUCCCUGUUUUCCCCUCCCCACCCCAGCAGCAAGCAAGGCCAGCCAAGGCAGAGCCCAACAGUCCCCAGUGUACCCUCUUUCCCUCCCUGUUUUCCCCUCCCCACCCCAGCAGCAAGCAAGGCCAGCCAAGGCAGAGCCCAACAGUCCCCAGUGUACCCUCUUUCCCUCCCUGUUUUCCCCUCCCCACCCCAGCAGCAAGCAAGGCCAGCCAAGGCAGAGCCCAACAGUCCCGAGUGUACCCUCUUUCCCUCCCUGUUUUCCCCUCCCCACCCCAGCAGCAAGCAAGGCCAACCAAGGCAGAGCCCAACAGUCCCCAGUGUACCCUCUUUCCCUCCCUGUUUUCCCCUCCCCACCCCAGCAGCAAGCAAGGCCAGCCAAGGCAGAGCCCAACAGUCCCCAGUGUACCCUCUUUCCCUCCCUGUUUUACCCUCCCCACCCCAGCAGCAAGCAAGGCCAGCCAAGGCAGAGCCCAACAGUCCCCAGUGCUAG